AAGCCGGAAGCGAGCGAGCGGAGCGGACUCGGAGUCGCCGUGAGCUGCGUUCGAGGGUCGGGAAGCGCUGGCGAUGGCGGAGAAGUUUGACCACCUGGAGGAGCACCUGGAGAAGUUCGUGGAGAACAUUCGGCAGCUCGGCAUCAUCGUCAGCGACUUCCAGCCCAGCAGCCAGGCGGGGCUCAGCCAGAAACUGAACUUUAUUGUUACGGGCUUACAGGACAUAGAUAAGUGCAGACAGCAGCUGCAUGAUAUCACCGUGCCUCUAGAAGUUUUUGAAUACAUUGAUCAAGGUCGAAAUCCCCAGCUCUACACCAAAGAGUGCCUGGAGAGGGCUCUUGCUAAAAAUGAGCAAGUUAAGGGGAAGAUUGACACAAUGAAGAAAUUUAAAAGCCUGCUGAUUCAGGAACUUUCUAAAGUGUUUCCAGAAGACAUGGCCAAGUAUCGGAGCAUUCGGGGGGAAGAUCACCCACCUUCCUAAGUGUGUGAAGACCCCACAUCUCUUUAAUUACCGGGACUGAUUCAGUGAGAUGCUGUGCCUGCCGAUGCUGCCUUCCAGCCAUGGGAACUGGCCUUGUCCCUACCUCCUCCCAUUAUUUGACCUUGUGGGACUCUGGGACUGGAGGAGUAGAGCUGUGCUCCAGAUGUCCCCUGCAGCUCUCAGACCCUUGGGUGGUCCCUUCUUUCCCCUCUAGGGAAAACAGACAGGAAGACAGCCUUGCUGAAAUGUGACGUGAGAUUGGGAUUCUACUUGAUAUUUUCUUUUUAUGUACUCUGUUCUGUUACAGUGUUAUAAGACAAUACUGGGUUUUAUAUUUUACAUUUUCAGAUGUGGUGCAUAAGAAUGCAACUGUUUUCAUGAGUCUCAACUAGACACAAUAAAGUCUAAGUUUUACAAGG